GUUCGAAGAGAUUCGGGAUAUCAAAGAACAAAUUCCUGAAGAAUCGAUGAAAGCUUUGGUUUCGUUGAAAGAAGCACUUGAAUUGACCAAAGAAUUGCUCAAAUUUGGUAGUGAAGGGAGCAAGAUUUAUCUGGGAUUACAAGCUUUUAGAUGCUGUUGACCAACUUUGGAGAUGAAAUGUAGAUUCAGUGAAUUGGAAGAUGUUGAAGUGUGUGACCAACACCAGGAACAUAACAUACCUAGUGUAAUCCCCACAGGUGAGGUCUGGGGAGGGUAGGAUGUACGCAGACCUUACCCCUAUAUUUGUAGGGUAGAGAGGUUGUUAGAGAGAGUAUUCUUUUAUUUAGUUGAUUAUGUCUUUAACAUGCCACUCAUGUGCACGAGGGCCCGAUUCUUUUUAAUGGACCACGUGGAAAUUCUUCUUUUUAAGAAUGGGUGGCGGUGAGACUUGACCAAACCAUGUAAGGAGACCUUCUUCAAUUUAUCCUUUAAGUGUGUAGUGUGCUACUUGUACCUUUUCUAUCAAGUGUGAUCAAUUCUGAUCUAAUCUAAUCUUAUAUGAUGCAAUCUAUUUAGUAACUGCAUUUUACUGGCACACAUGUUGUGGACAAGUUGGGUUUUAGAGGCCCAGCAGCAGCAUCACUGCUCUCUCAACCGUUUGUAGUUUAUUUUGGUUAGUACUUAGUAUCUCCCUAUUGGGGAAUUAUGUUGUAACUAUUUAUGGAGUAGCUAUUUUCUUUAGGGAUGGGACUCUAAUGGAUUUGGAAGCUAUAUUUCUGCUCCCUUAAGGUGAACCUUUAGUAGCCUACCUGAUCCCAUGCUUUUUAGCUCAUCAAGACGUCCGAACUCCUCAUUUCUUCUCCCUGAAGUGCCGCUUUGACAUCUACUAAUUCAAGCAUUUGCAUGGUGUUAGAAAGGGAGCAGAUAAUGAAUAAAUUUCACGAAGUGACAACCCAGCUAGAACAAGCUUUGGGUGGAGUUCAUUAUGAAGAGCUUGACAUAUCUGAUGAAGUUAAAGAGCAGGUAGAGCUUGUCCUUUCUCAGUUCCAAAGAGCCAAAGGAAGAGUUGAUACACCUGAUCCUGAACUCCAUGAGGAUCUAUUGUCCCUUUACAGCAAUAAUAAUGCGGCUAUAGAUCAAGCUGUCCUAAGGCAAUUGGUUCAGAAAUUACAGCUGACUAGAAUAUAUGAUCUUCAACAAGAAUCAUGUGCUUUGCAUGAAAUGGUCACUGCUACUGGUGAAGAUCCAGAGGAGAGGAUAGAGAAGAUGUCAGUAAUACUGAGGAAAAUUAAGGACUUUGUGCUGACUGAGACUCCGGAGAUUGAUUCUUCUUUGAGGGAGAUGUCUUCGACUUGUAGUGGACAAGCAUCUAUCAAUACAACUCAUAAGGCCCCAGUAAUACCAGAUGAUUUUCGGUGUCCUAUAUCCCUGGAACUGAUGAAAGAUCCUGUCAUUGUUUCAUCUGGCCAGACUUAUGAGCGUUCUUCUAUUGAGAAGUGGCUGGAAGCAGGGCAUAGCACUUGUCCCAAGACACAACAAGUCCUCACAAGCAAUGCUAUCACGCCAAACUAUGUGUUGCGGAGCCUCAUAGCACAGUGGUGUGAAGUAAAUGGGGUUGAACCACCCAAACGACCAGGUAGUUUACCCAGUAAGUCAGCAUCUGUGUGCACGCCUGCUGAGCGCUCAAAGAUAGAAAUUCUCCUGAGAAAACUCACAUCUGGCAGCCCUGAAGAUUGUCUCUCAGCCACAGGCGAAAUCCGCCUACUUGCUAAGCGCAAUGCUGAUAAUCGUGUUGCAAUAGCUGAAGCAGGUGCCAUUCCUCUGCUCGUCGACCUUCUUUCCACACCCGAUUCUCGUAUCCAAGAGCAUGCUGUUACAGCACUACUUAACCUCUCUAUUUGUGAGGAUAACAAACGGAGCAUUGUAAUAUCAGGGGCAGUGCCUGGUAUCGUCCAUGUGCUUAAGAAGGGGAGCACGGAAGCACGUGAAAAUGCAGCGGCCGCGCUAUUUAGCCUUUCAGUUAUAGAUGAAAACAAGGUCAUAAUUGGUACCUAUGGAGCAAUACCUCCGCUUGUGACAUUAUUAAGUGAUGGCACCCAGAGAGGAAAGAAAGACGCAGCUACUGCACUUUUCAAUCUGUGCAUUUAUCAAGGGAACAAGGGCAAGGCAGUAAGGGCUGGAGUUGUGCUCACUCUGAUGGAGCUGCUUACAGAACCUCAAGGUGGUAUGAUCGAUGAAGCGCUUGCCAUUUUAGCGAUAUUAUCUAGUCAUCCAGAAGGGAAGACAAACAUUGGAGCUGCAGGGGCUGUUCCUGUUCUGGUAAAUGUGAUAACAAAUGGGUCUCCCAGGAACAAAGAAAAUGCAGCUGCAGUUCUGGUACACCUCUGCUCCGGGGACCAACAUCAUCUAGUGGAGGUUCAGGAACUAGGAGUAAUGGGACCAUUGCUGGAUUUAGUACAAAAUGGCACCGAGAGGGGCAAACGGAAGGCAAUCCAGUUGCUUGAACGAAUUAACAGAUAUGCUGAGCAGCAAAAACAGGCCCAGACAGAAUCCGAGGCUCUGAUUAAUGCUCAACUUCAUAACCAGCUUUCACAGUCGCCUCCCUCAUCGGCAAAUGCCCUGGACAGCUGAAUAAAUAACAACGACUACUAUGCUUCAAUCCUAAGCAAGUGGGAUCAGUUAUAUUAAUCCUCGCUGAUCCACAUCGCUCCAGUUAAGCUGCUCCUGGACCAUAUGCUUUUCUUUUCUCUUAUUAUGUUUUGCUUUGCUUGGUUUGUUAUAGCAUUGAUUAUAGAAGCGGGUUUUAGAUAUGUGGGAGAAAGGUGGAAGAUCACCUUAUACCUCCAUUGUUCAUUUGUUUUCUGGGUUGAGGUGGUGUAUACUCCCAUGAGAAAAAAGGCCGAUGAUUGAGGGGAAAAACUGAGAAAACACGAACUGCUUUGACAAUAUUGAAUGUCAAAUGUACCAUUACAACACAUGUACAAGUGAAAAUCUUCCUCAGUUUUUAUAGAAGGAGAUGCUUUUCUACUA